CCCACCAUGAUUCGCUGCAACCUUAGCCAACCGCUUCGCGCUCAGCUCUCCAGCUUCAAACGCCUUGGUCCAAUCUAGAAUUCGCCUCUUCCUACUCCGUAACCUUGAGCUUAAGCGUGUUCAUCUUUUAACAUCUCCACUUCCCUCUCAAAGCUUUGAUUCUGUUCCCUUCAUUUUGUGACUGAUAAACCCACUGCAUUCCAUAGCUUCAGAUCUAGCGACCGCCCUCAUUCUGUUAUGAUGAAGCUCCUCUCAGCUGGCGCGCUGGCUCUUGGCCUCGCUAACUUGCCUGGCACUUUUGCUUGGGGCAGUCUCGGUCAUAUCACCACCGCUUACCUCGCCAGUCACUUUGUCGCAAACACCACCGAGGCUCACCUCAAGUAUAUUCUCUAUAAUGACGAGGAAGACUACCUCGCAAAAAUAGCAUCAUGGGCCGACUCGAUUCGCUACACAGAUUGGGGUCGAUACACCAAAACCUUUCACUUCAUCGACGCUCAUGACAGCCCUCCUAACAAGUGUGACGUCGACUUUGAGCGUGAUUGCAAGGACGAUGGUUGUGUCCUCACCGCCCUCAAGAACUACACCCAGCAAUCAGUUGAGCCUCAGUUGCCCUUCUGGCAGCGCAACCAGGCCGCCAAGUUCGUUGUUCACUUUAUCGGAGAUCUUCACCAGCCUCUACAUAACGAAGAUGUCGAAAAGGGAGGUAACGGUCUCUCAGUAACGUUUGAUGGCCGCACAUUCAACCUCCACCACGUCUGGGACAGCUCUAUUGCUGAGAAGCUGUUGGGUGGUCUGCACGGCGACCCCUUCAAGCUCGCCAACAACUGGGCCAGCCAGCUUGCAGUUGAGAUCACAGACGGCAAGUUCGCGGAGGCGAAAGACGCGUGGUUGAAGGAUCUAGACUUCAGUGACCCCAUCAGCACGGCACUUGCUUGGUCCCGGGAGGCCAAUGCGCUCGUCUGCACUCACGUUCUGCCCGAGGGUGCCGAUGCCAUUGUCGGUCAGGAACUCGGGGGCGAGUACUUUGAAAAGGCUGCCCCUGUCAUUGAGGAGCAGGUUGCCAAGGCCGGUUACAGAAUGGCUGCCUGGCUGGACAAGAUCGUGGAGGCUUACAAGGAUGUUGAGCAGAAGCAGAUGUCCGAGGAGCUCUGAUUUAUUGUGUAUGUAAAUUGGAAUGUUCUGGACAUUUUUGCAGCUGGUAGCUUCUUAUAAAUGAAUGUGGUAUGGUCUUUGAGAAUGCAC